ACGACGGCGGGGCCUCGGUUGUGUUGGGAAGGCGGGCUUUGGGCUGAUUGGCGAGCCGGAAGGCUCGAGGGGCGGACGUGAUUGGUCAGGGGUGCGAAAGGUGGGCGGGGCCACGUUAAGGUGAGUUGCCAGGGCUCCGGUUGUCAAGCGGCAGCCAAUCAGGGUGGGGGAUGGGAGCGGGUGGUGGAGGCGGAGAGCACUGAGAGCCGUUCAGACGGAGGAGCGCGCGGGUAGGAGACAAGCAAGGCCGGCCGAGACGGGCCUCACGUCGGGUAGGCCGUGGGUAGCCGCAGCAGCCCCCACCCGAAAUCUCCCUGGAGCGGCGGCUGGCCCGGGAAGGCCUUCGGGCUGCCUCCCGGGGCCGCGGCGGCCUGUUUACAUUCCCUCCCCCGAGCAGGUGCUCGCCUGUCCGGCGGUGUGUGCCUCGGAGGUCCCGGCCAGGCCUCGCCGGAGGGGAGAGGGCUGCUUCUCCUCCGGGCAGCGCAUGAGGUGGAUGGGUGGGAUCUUUCUCUCCCAGGGAAGACUUGGCUGAUCUAUGAGAAGGGGUUUCCUGGGGGCUGAAUGGGAUCUGCUGCCCACAGCACUUUGCGGGGUGGGGGUGGGAAUGUUCACAAGCUCGGCUGGCUCCCUCGGAUUCGAGUCACUUCCUCUAAACACGGGUGGCUAGGAGGUGCUGACUGGGAGAGGGCCGCUGCCCUCGUGCCCUGCUUUGUGGGGUUCUGGGGGAGGGGGGGCGAGAUCUGGUUUCUGGGUCUUAAAUAGGCCUUUAGCCUGAUCCAGUUAACAAGGCUCUUCUGAGAAGCUGCUGAGAUCACCUCGCCUAUGUCACCCAUAAAAACUCCAUCCUGCCUAACACCUGUAGGGAUGCAGCACACACGCAUUUGUUCAUAAAAUUUAUGUGCUGCUUGAUUAUAAAAGCAAAAGCUCGAAGUGUUCUACAAAAAGAAUAAAGCAUUGCAGUUAUUAGUAAACAGAGGCAAUAUUUUAAAACAUUGAAAAGUAAUUAAGGUUGGCAGUAAGCAAAAACAAAAAAUAAUAAUUAAAAUAUGUGUCGGCAUCAUGCGUACAUGGGUAGGCUUGCUUAAGCAGACAUGUUAUUAGCAGGUGCCAAAAACAGUACUGUGAAAGUGUGGGCCCUACCACACUAAAAUAUUGAUUUCUUACCAAUGUGGAAUAAGUAUUAUAUGCCACCUGUAACAGAGCCAGUUCAUCAGUUCUGUACAAUGGGGUAGUAAUCCUCAGUCUAGAAAUUACAUGUGUGGGUGGAAAUUUGACAGUAAAUUGAGGAGUGGAGCAUGCAGACAAGAGUUAACUCCCUCCUGGAGGGAGGCUGUGAACAAAGUGUAUUUUUGAAGGCUACCUGUCAGUUUUAGGGAUCCUGCUUUCAGGAUCAAUUCUGUGCCCCACUGUCUGUCUCUGCAACUACUCCCAAUAGAUGUGCUAGUUGUAUCCCAAAGCAACUGAAUAACACCAAGUUGUCAAAGUCUGCUCUAAUUUAUUGAUCAUUGAUGUAAUGACAAAAGUACCUUUUAUUGUUAUUGGAAGAUACACAGAAAAGUACCGUAGGAGUUCCUGAUCACUUACAUUCCAUGUUAAAAAACAUAAUUGGGUUGUAUCCAGCCAAGUACUACUUGGAAUAUAUCCAGUACAAUUAACGUACCUAACUUAGUCAUGUUCAUCAAUUUCAGUAGGUAUACUCUGAGGAGGACUAAUACUGUAUGCAGCCCAAUUCUGGAAAUACAGUCAUACCUUGGAAGUCGAACUUCUUACCAGUUGAACGUUUUGGCUCCAAAAUGCCGCAAACCCGGACGUGAGUAUUUCGGUUUGCAUCCAACGUGGGUUCCGUGGGUUCUGAUUGGCUGCAGGAGCUUCUUGGUUUCCAGAUGUUUUGGAAGUCAAACGGAUUCCGUUCAACUUCCGAGGUACAACUGUACCUGUUCUAAGUUAUUGUUAUAAAAAAAAAGAUAAAUGAAGAAACCUGCUAAGCUCUAUUUUAAUGUAGUUUGUUUUUCUGCUGUGUUAGCUGAACUGGUUAAAAUGAACACUUUCCUCCUAGGUAACUUUAAUGACUGCUUCCUGGGAUUUUGCUUGCAUUCUGGAAGAAAUAGGCCACUGAAUAAGCCUAGGAGACAUAUUUAUAUUUUAAAAAUAAAAGUGCCAUCACCUUGACUGCUGCAGGACAGUUCAGAAACUUGAACCUUGUAUCUGGGGGGUUGAGCCCCACACAUGCUGAUGAAAACAGAGCUUUGGGAGAAAAAAGAAGACUGCUUUCUGUAGCUGUGUGAGAAUCACUGCAAUGGCAGCUGCAGUUGCCACCAAGACAGCUUGGAAGCUGCGUAAGUGAAGUCCACUCUUCUGCGUUUAUAAACGGGAUGUGUUCAGUGCCUGCAAUUUUGUCUUCCACUCCUGCUUGACAGCUUGGGUUUCAGUGUUCUCCUGAUCACUAGCAUCAGACUUGGAGUCAGGUACCUGGUCCAGCUGCUUAGCUGAUGACUUAGUGUCUUGUGUGGAAUUAUAUUUAAAAGAUCUUACUAUGGCCAGAAGGGCUUACAUUCAGGCAAGUGGACAUAGAAUAAUUAGCUUAAAAAGCUACAAUACAUACCAGAUAUGUGUACCUGUUCACGUAUACCUCAUCAGUAAAUGCCAGCUUAAAUGUAUUGAUUUUUGUGUGGGGCUGUAAUGGGAGAGAUGUGGUGAUGAAAUGUGCUCAUGUCUGCGUUUGCUUUUUUUGUAUAGAGGAAAUCACUGCUCACAGCAGCAAUGUUUCUUCACUUGUGUUGGGCAAAAGCUCAGGUCGGCUCCUUGCAACUGGUGGAGAUGAUUGUCGAGUUAAUAUCUGGUCAAUUAACAAGCCGAACUGCAUUAUGGUAAGGAUUGGCUAAUUUCUCUUUGCUUGUGGGCAAUGUGAGUCAGGGAGCAACCUCUGGCAUUAGCUUUAGCCACCCUCCUUUCUAUACAGGAUCAAACAUGAGAAGGGAGGUUUAUUUUAAUCUGUGCUUUCAGUAAUUUGGCUAAAUACACCUAAGUGAGCCAAAGUACAGUGCAGUUAAGGCCAAAGUGCUGAGAGAAGAACAAGUUGCAUUGACUGGCGCCUCGUGGAUUGUUCCUCCCUCAGUUUGAGGGACAGAGCAUGAUGGCACCUUCACCCAGCAGUAUAUUGCAGGCACUGCUGCUCAGGAUAUACAGUAAUACCUCGAGUUACAAAUGCCUCAGGUUACAAACACUUCACAUUACAAACUCCGCUAACCUGGAAGAGUUACCUCGAGUUGAGAACUUUGCCCCAAGAUGAGAACGGAAAUCAUGUGCCGGCGGCACAGCAGCAGCGAGAGGCCCCAUUAGUGAAAGCACACCUCUAGUUAAGAACAGUUUCAGGUUAAGAAUGGACUUCCGGAAUGAAUUAAGUUCGUAACUAGAGGCACCACUGUACUACCAGGUAAAGGCGCCAUUGCACUCUGGCCCUUGAAAUGGUCCUGGGUGAUGUAUCAAUACAUCGCCCAGGCCUAAAUAUGACAUUCUGGUCUCUUCAAAAACCAGGAAGUAGUUGGAUCUGACAUUAGCAGGGCUUCAGUCAAGUGUCCUUCCUUUGUUUUUCAUGCAGAUCUGGAGACAUUUUCUCUACCACCACCUUGCCCCCUGUAUUUUGACCUAUGAGGAGCUAAGUUGAGCUAUUGAGACUUGUAUGAGUGGCUGCCUUAGGAGCUGUGGCUGUAGAACCCAAUAUAUGUGUAAUCCUUUGACUUGGAAGGGCCAAAAAGCUGCAAUGGUAUCCCUUUCCACAGCAAUGGCCAGCUUGAAAUAGUUUUUCUUUUGAAUGAUUUUUGUUCCGAUCCAACCCCUGCACUUUUUGAAAAGGGCAUUUCUCUCCUCUUCCACUCCUGCCCCUCGUUUUUUGUACGGUAACUUACUAGUGCUGCAGAAUUGAAUCUAGAGUGGGCAUUUCGACUGUUGCAGUACAGAGAGUAAUGUUCUUUGUACUACUGCAUAGUUUGUGGGAAGUUUGUGAUGCAGCUUCAUUUCAUGCUAGCUGAUGGAGCUGCAAUUCAUUAUAUACAUAUCUAGGAGUAAGUUGCUGAACUCAGUGGAAUUUACUUUUGUGCAGGUAGACAUCUAGCCAUAAACCUGCAUUUCUGGGUGAUGUGCUUAGUGCACCAUUAAGAAGCACUUAAUGUGGUGGCCAAGCUCUAUAUGGCUCUUGGCCUUUGCCUCAACCUUCCUGCAAUGGGGCAUGGGGAUUCCCACUAUUGCAGCAAAGCUCUGUGGGGAAGGUGCUUCUGAGUGUAUAUUCUGCUGGAUUUUAUUAGUCAAUUAAUGACCAGUUGUUGUAACAUGAAUAAGUCUUCACUGGGUGUAUAAAGGAGGUCCAGUUUGACACCAGGUGACAUGUGUGUGAGAAAGAGACACUUGAAGGAGGGCCUCUGGUGAACAUAGGAAGGAAUCAAAUUUCUGCUCUUGCUGGAAUACUGAAACUUCAGUGUCUGUCGACGGCUUUGAACGUGGCUUUCACCUAAUCAUUUCACUACUUGUGGUGUGAUGAGUGUAAAUAUCCUAGCUGUCCUUGUUGUUGCAUGCCUUCCUGUGGAGUGGGCCACAUUCAGAUGAUUCACUGCUGCUUUUUCAUUUUGCCCAGAGUCUAACAGGUCACACCACACCCGUGGAGAGUGUGAAGAUUAAUACGAAUGAAGAGCUGAUUGUUGCGGGGUCCCAGUCAGGCUCCAUUCGGAUCUGGGAUCUGGAAGCUGCCAAAAGUAGGUUCAGAGCCAAUUCUUCUACCACUUUUCAGGUUGCCCAGCAGCCCCUUACUUAGCAAAGAGCAGAGAAUGAGAGAGCGCAAGCACACAAGGAAGGACGAUAUGCUCAACUUUGAAAACUGCAGGGGCACCUCUUCCUCCACCUAGGUGGGGGAGGUGUUGGUACUGUUCAGAUGCCAGCCCUAUGAAUAAGAAGAGCUGUUUUGUUUGCACUCAGAUCUUUAUAAUUUCCCCUAAUAAUAUUUAUCCAUUUGUGUUAUGUUUACAAUGCUUAACCUCAGCAGUCAACAAUCUUUCCUCCAUUACUUUCAUAGAAAAACAGGUUUUAAUUUGAUGUGUUUGGUAGAUGCUUGUGAUUUCUAUUUUAAGAGACUCUACAGGGAAACGUUAAAACAUUUGUAUGAUUUUCUGAUUUCAUUCUAAACUCGAUUAUUUUUUUAAAAAAGAAUUUUACUGAACCAUUGAAAUAGCAAAUCUGAUUUGAACUGAAAAACUAUCAAUCCUGCAUCUUCUUAGACCAUGCUUGCAUCUCAAUUCCCUGCCCUCCCUUUCCCAUCCAGUUCUCCGUACAUUAAUGGGCCACAAAGCAAAUAUCUGCAGCCUAGACUUCCAUCCUUUUGGAGGCUUUGUAGCUUCAGGAUCCAUGGACACCAACAUUAAGGUAAGACUUUUGAGUCUCCCUCACUCCCUGCAUGUGUAUUUCAGAACAGCAGGAUACCCAGAGGACUGCAUAUCAGUGGAUGUAAGGAGCUGUUUUGUAUUAAGUCAGAGUAGUUGUUGGCGUGCUCUGGCCAUGGGGUCACAAAGAGUUGGACAUGACUAAAGAACAACAGUUGUUCAUGCAGCCCAGCAAUAUUCUCAUGGACCAGAAGCCGCUUUCCAGUGGUGUGGGCAGAGCUCUUCCCAGCCCUUGAACUAUGAACCGAUAGUGCACCCAAGACCUCAUUUGUGUGUAUUCUGCAAUUCAGCUGACAUCCUGUUUUUGAAAUUCAAAUAGUUGCAUACUCUUAAGAAAAUGUCCCUCAACCCCAAGACUUUUUUAAUUGAAGAUCUUCAAGACACUUCCAAGUUGCCAUUGUAAAGCUUUUGUCCAUUUUCUUCAUGCAGCUUUGGGACGUGAGGAGGAAGGGCUGCGUCUUCAGGUACAAGGUAAGAAGGAAAGCAUAUUAUUUUGUCUGCAGGGCACCCCUCAAAUCUCCUUCUGCCUCUGGAAGUUAUUCCAUGUCCAGUUGCUACAGUGUUUCAGUUUGGAGAGCUCAUUGAGGCAAUCCCACCCACAGGUUCUGGGCAGUUUACAAAAUUUGCAGCGUCUAUUACAUAAACAGGGUCUACAUUUUUUGGCUGCCAGCCCUCAGGCCCCACCCAACCAAAGGAAGGGCCAGUGGGGAGAGGGGUCCAUUGGGUACUGCUUCUUGAAGGUGCCCAGAGAGGCUUGAUGCCAUUAAUCUUGCAAGUUAAUAUCUUCUCAUCUCUUUUGUACUUUGGUACUGACCUUCACAUCCACCUUGCAUUAUUUUUUAAAAUAGGGCCCUCCAAUUGAAAAGCAUGCACUCACUCACUGAACUAUAGCACCCCCUGCACCUCUUCCCAAAAUACAACCUCUCCUCCUCCUGUCUUUCUAGCUGUCUCUGACUCGUUUCCAGGGAAACCCUUUUUCUGUGCUCAACUCCUAUCCUCCAAAGUUCAUGAUUUCUUUCCACUGUUGAUGGAGCCCUCAUCUGGUCUCUAACAUGCCAGCUGUCCCUCACAGCUGUUGAGAAAGGCUCCCCUCCCUCCAAAAGGAGCCCAAGUACUUGGCAAAUCAUUAAGCUCUUCCCUAUCCAAUCUCAUUUUGCUUCCUUACUAGAAAUGUUUGAGGCUGUAUAUUGGCUAUGUCUAAAAUGUAGCUUUCACCAACCUGGUGCCCUUCAGAUGUUUUGCAUUCUGGCUGGAGCUGAUGGGAGUUGCAGUCCAACACAUCUGGAGGGCACCAGGUUGGCAAAGGCAGUCAAAGGGAUUGUAUUUUCUCUCUUGCUAUAUUGUAAUUUCACAACAUCACAGCUGUUGUGAGACAUGCUCAGCCUUCAUGUUUCCCGUGUGUGACCCAUUAUUUAAUCCUGGGAGUGCCAAGCUCUGCUAGGAAUGAACUGGGUCUGUUUUGCCUUUACAGGGCCAUACUCAAGCUGUCCGCUGUCUCCGAUUCAGUCCUGACGGCAAAUGGCUGGCGUCGUCUGCAGACGAUCACACCGUGAAGGUACUGGCCUGAUUUUGCCAGACCCCUUUGGCAUUCACCUUCCUUCUUGUGGCAGUUUUGGCUGCUUGCCACACCAAGAGGCGCUCUUUUGUGCCAAACAAUCAGGAAUGGGGUUGGGCAACCUCAAGACUUUAAAGUUCUCUCUCUAUCUAGUUGUGGGACCUGGCUGCUGGGAAGAUCAUGUUCGAGUUCACAGGACACACGGGGCCAGUCAACGUUGUAGAAUUCCAUCCCAAUGAAUACCUGUUGGCCUCUGGUAGCUCUGACAGGUAAAAUCUUGUUGGGAAAUAAGUGGUGGACAAUAGCAUGUGAUGUGACUCAUCUGCAACUUGCAAUUAUUUCCUGCAGAUAUUUAUAUUUUCAUUUGUGGAAUUGGAAUAAUUGUUGGUGAUGAUUGGAACAGCUUACCUUUGGAAUUUCCUGUCUAGGGAGGCCCUUCUGGUCUCUUCAUUAUCCUCUUCUGGAACCUAGAACAAGGUCAUAAUAUUGCCCAUGCUUUGCCCAAAAUUCAGUCUUUCGUGUUGUUUGAAUUAUGACAAAGCUUUUGGUAGAUGUCAGCAUGCUAGAUUUUGGAGUUUGGUAUAUGCUGAUGGCUCUCAAUCUUCUUUCUCUUCCUUGAACCUUGGUGAGACUAUAGAGUCUCUGAAAUGAUGCUGGAUAAAUGGGCUGGAUGAACUGAAGCAGGUUCAAAUGGGGGUGUAGAGGAACAGUGGGCCUGAUGAGUUGAGAGUAGGUGUAAAAUCUGUCUGAAUGGCCUUGCCGCCCCUUCUGAAGGAACAGGUUUGCUGCUCAGGGGUGAUAUUUGACUCAGUACUACUGCUGCAGCUGUGCCUUUUCCCAACUGCACCAGAUAUAUUUGCUGCACCAUCUUGUGUAAGAUAAAAUAUUUGGUCUCGGUCAUUGCAGGAAAGUGUUUUACAUAGCUCACAAACUAUUUGGUUUAGAACACAGCAGCUGGGACUGACCUUAGAGAGUGGUUGUUACAGAGCUGCCCUGGUUACCAGUUGGUUUCUGGGCACUUCAGAGUGCUGUGUUUUCCUUUUAAAUCCCAAAGUGCCCUAGCCUCUGGACACCUUUGCUCUUAGGUCCUGCCAUGUGAUUUUAAGAACGUCUGAGGAGUUUCUGAUGAGGUUGCCAUCAUUGUCACAGAUCUAUUGGCUGGUCAUGGCUAGAGCAAGCUUGUGUGUUAGCCCAGUUAAAGCUACUAGCCUGCUAAUUUUUCCUAGCAUGCUAAGGGCUGUCAAAAGAGGAACAGAGAGCUCUUUUCCUCUUCCCCCAACCUACAGACAUGGGGGCUUCCCUCCUCUGGCAGCCCACUUGGUUUCUCUGCUGGGCACAGACGAGAGUAACGGAGUGCUCUGUUCCUUGCCUGGAAUCCCAGACACUCAUCUACACCUGUUUGUUUUUUGCGCUCCAUCCUUAUUUUUAUUAGGGCCACAGACUGUUGCUAGAAACAAAGACCAACAAAUAAUGAAGUGUUGGAUUAACUCCUGCUUGCCUUGGGCCUAGGAGAUCACACAGGUGUUUUUCCCCCCUGUCUUGCAGAACGGUCAGGUUCUGGGACUUGGAGAAGUUCCAGGUGGUGAGCUGCGUUGAAGAGGAGGCCACUCCUGUCAGGUACAUCGGACUUGGGCCGUGAUUUGUGUCAAGAGGCAUGAGGGCAUGUUCUUGCUUUGUGUGACUUUGCUGUGGGGAUCCCAGACUCUUAAUGCUCUUUCAGUUCCAAGCUCUGGUUUGGCCACGCGGCCGAAGCGAGGAAUGCAUGCAGUUAAAGGCUAGCAGAGAUUGUGACCAUCUCCUGACAUAGAAUAUCAGUGGCACAUCUUGUUUUGCACCCGUGUCUGGAUGACCUGCACAUUCACUUUUCCCCUCUCCCCUUCAGGUGUGUGCUGUUUAACCCCGAUGGCUGCUGCUUAUAUGCUGGCUGCCAUGAUACCCUGAGAGUGUAUGGCUGGGAGCCUGAGCGCUGUUUUGAUGUGGUCUUGGUGAAUUGGGGCAAGGUGGCUGAUUUGUCUAUCUGUAACAAUCAACUGGUGAGUGACUGAAGGGGCAGGAAGGGACUUGGGUUUCCUGCUCUGCUCGUGGGUGCAACAAGUGGACAUGCCACAAGUUGUGCUUCUGACACUGGCAGUAGCAUGGCAGGGCCAUUCCUAGUGCACACUUGGCCCCUGACUCUUGCAAAUGGACCCCGAGUCAUCUCCUCCUCAUGUCUUUUGGUAGUUUUCAUUUUGAGUUUGCUUCCCGUUCCCCUCACAUGGUUGCCAAGGUGGAUUCUUGUUGACUUCCCAGAGCACUUUGGCUGCAAACCUAAUGUAAAGUUGACUUGCACAGAACAUGACUUCUUUUCUGUUCUUCACAGAUUGGUGUUUCUUUCACACAAAGCACAGUCUCUUCCUUUGUGGUGGACCUCAGCCGAGUCACAAAAUGUGGGCCUGGCACCCGUGGACUGAUCCGGGAUGACAAGCCUCUCACUCAGCCCUUGCCUGCAGGCUCUUCCCUUCGACGCAUCUACGACAGGCCAACGACGACAUGCAGCAAACCCCAAAGGCAAGGAAGGAAGACUCCUCUUAGAGGUGGCAGCCCCUGUAUGCCAAAGGAUUUAGAGAUGGAAACUGAAAGCAAAGGGAUGUUCUCAGUGGUUUCUGUGUGGUCCCCUCCAUUGGUUCUGGGGGAUUUUUCUAAGAAAAACUUGUUUGCCUAUUUUUUUGUGCAUGGCUUUAAAAGAGGAUUAGCCAAAUUCAUGGAAGAUAAAGCCAUCAGUGGCUACUAGCCAUGGUGGCAAUGUUGUUGGUGGCAGAAUGCCUCUGAAUACCUGCUGCUGGGAAUCCUAAGAGGGGAGAGGGCUGCUCUUGCUCUUGGGUCCUGCUUGUGGACAUCCAGUUGGCCAUUCAGGGGAAAAUAGGACGCUGGGUUUCAGAUAUAGCUGAAGGAGCAUCUCCACCUCCAUCAUUCAGCCAUCAUUGGCUAGUUUUUAAUGUUUGACAUUUUUAUAUGUACUGGAAGCCUCCCAGAAUGGCUGGGGAAACCCAGCCAGAUGGGCGGGGUAUUAUUAUUAUUAUUAGCCCCCAUUGGCUUCAGGGCUGUUCUGGUAUUCUUAUAUCUGUGGUUUAAUGACAGAAUGAAACACAACUCAGAGAGCGAGAGGCGCAGUCCAAGCAGUGAGGACGACAGGGAAGAUAAGGAAUCCACAGCGGAGAUCCAGAACACAGAAGACUACAAUGAGAUCUUCCAGCCAAAGAAUCCCAUAAGUGAGUGCUGCUGAAGUAAUUUGUGUGAUGCCACAAAGCAAACCAAGGUGUCUUGUGCUGUUUUCCCCAUUUUGUAAUAUUCAAUCUUUGUGUGGCAGUUGUGAACAAGCAUGUGACUCUCCCACAGUUGUUUUAAUUUACCGUUGCCUCCAAAGACUUUCAAGGGGCAAUCUUAGGUUCACAACUUGCUACUGAAUAUUGUGUUCUGGCAUGGUCAGUCAUUUAGAGGUAGAGUACUAGCAUCUAAGUUUUCAACAUGUAUUUGUUAAAGUAUUUGCACACCAUCUUUUGUACAAAUACAUCUGAGGGCAGUCCACAGCGAGAAUUUACAUCUGAAAAUAUAACUUACACUGCCCCCACCCCCACCAGCAAAAAGCCCCACACCAAAACACUGCGAUUUGGAGCCAUACUUAACUAGCUGAACAUAAGUCACAUUGAAGUCAUUAUUAACUUGUCCCAUUGAUUUCAGUGGAACCUAAGUACAACUAGUUUAGUCUGAAUCCUACCCAAUAUUCCCAGGAUGCAUCUUUAGCACAUGGAAUGGUUGUUGCUGUCUCUUGAAAAGAAAUGUGGGAAGGAGUGAAGAGGCAUAACUGUACCCACUUCUUCCUCAGAGGGAGAAAUAUUUAUUAAUCCCUUUACCUGUAAUGCAGAAGUGUUACUGCCAUAGUGGAAACAAGCUGUAGACUCAUGAAGGUGACACCACAGGAUCCUCUAAUUUCUUGUGUAACUUAAAUGGAGUGCAAGGUUGGGCGCUUUAUUUUUUUGUCUUUUUCAGCUCGAACUCCACCUAACAAGAGUGAACCUUUUCCUGCACCUCCAGAGGAUGGUGAGUUGGAAUUUCUUUUUCAAGUAUUGAGAAAGAACCAGAGAAGAUCUCCAUACAGCUACUGUAUUGCUGGCUUCACAUGGACAUUUACAAUGUCUACGUUGCUGGGGGAAGUUAUGAGUUAUCUUUUUCUCGAGUUCGGAUUCUUCAGCUUUGCCUCCAAAGGGCAGCGUGUCGCCCUUGGGGCAAAAGAGCCGUGGACUGUCUUGGGUGGGAGUGGCAGGAGCCUUUGAGCCCAGGGCCAUAGAGCCCAGGGUCUUUGACUUCUAGGGCAGAGCUCUCGCCUGCUGCCAUUAUUUGUGCAGUCUUGAUAGUAAGAAAACAUAGUUUUUCUUCCCUUCAGAGCCCAUGGUUGCCAAAGAAGCCUCAAGGCUCAGUCAAGUGGCAGAUAUUCCGACUCCGUUGCCAAGCCAAGAGAAUGUAAGUGCCUUGCAUCCAUUGGUGUGCCCUCUCCUCUUCCUGCUUUCCCCCACCCUGGCUCCAGAAAUAAUGGUGCCUCUAUCCCAGGAUUUCGCAGACUUGGGUCUCCAGCUCUUUUGGGAUUACAACUCCCAUCAUCCCUAGCCUGCAGGCCCAGUGGUCAGGGAUGAUGGGAAAUGUAGUCCAAAAACAGCUGGAGGCCGAAGUUUGGGAAACCCUGCUCUAGCAGCAUGAAAAAGAGGCAGUGGCCUGUCACUGUGUUCUAAGCAAGGAAGUCCAGACCAGCCAUUGCCAACCUCCAGGUGUGUUGGACUACGACUCCCAUUAUUUGUAAAGGAGUUGUAGUCCAAAACAUCUGGAGGGCUCCAGAUUGGGAAAGGCUGGGCUCAGUGGAGGAAUUUUUAAUUACUAUAAUUUUUUUUUUAUUAAAAAAAUUACACACCACUUAAUUGCCAAAACCUCUAAGUGGUUUUGAAAGGCCUUCCCCUGCAGAUCUUGAUUCUGGUGGCUGGAAUUCCCUGCAAGCUUCUUUCUUACACCCAAAUGUGGUGGAGGUGGGGUGGGGGGCAAGAUGAGACCCAGGGAUUUCCUGAGCAGAUCCUAUCUUGCACCUGAUCCUUAACUUCAUUUGAAGUGCUCCAGGUGCCUUGGAGCUGACCACUCAGAAGUUGCCAAUAGCCUCCAGUGGGUCUUCUUAGAAAAUGAAGGAGGAAUGCAUCAAGUCCUUUGUUGACAUGCCAUGGAGGAUCAGUGGUGCUCAGUAUGUGGUGCUCAGUAUAGCCAGGUGGUUGCAAAUAUGGUAUCAAAGCUUACAGCCUAGGUGUGUCUGCCCUGACUCCAUCUCCACUUCCCACAGCAGCCUGACCCUAUUCAGAGGUCGCCAAUAGCAUCCUCGACCCCCAAGACCAAGGUUGAGCCAUCUGUGAUCCCUGCAGCCAGGAAUGAGCCUAUCGGGCUGAAGGCCUCUGACUUUUUGCCAGUAAGUUUCUUCCCUGUAGAAGAGGGAUUGGGAACGACAAGUGGCUGUCACCUGGGCAGGGAGGAAAGUCUAGUGAUUUGCCUGUCCUGCAUACCCUGCUCUUUGGCUGCUUCAGAAGUUUUUAGCAGGUGUCAAAAAGGGGACAGUGAAGGUGCCUUCUUUAUGUCAAUAGGCAGGGAGUUCCAAAGUGUGGGUGCUGCUGCACUAAAGUAGCAAUUUUGUAUUGUGGCCCUUGUAACAGUGCCAGUUCCACAGAUUAAAGUGGUCAAAAGUUCACAGAUGGGGUAAGGCAAUCCCGCAGGUAAACUGGUCCACAAAAGAAGGGAUAAUGUUUAGAUGGAAGGACAUCAGAAACUAGCCUUUAGCAAGAGCAUGGAUGGUAGCAGAUCCCCUCCCUGGCUAAACACUUUAGAUAUUUCUCAGCUAGGGUACAAAUAAUUUAAUUGUAUGGCUAGUGAUUUGGUUGGGUAGUAAAUAGUAUGAUUGAAUCAAGACAAAAAGUAGAGCCAGCCAGCCAUUCUGGACAAAUCAAAGGUAAUCUUAUCAAGGAGACAGUAGAAAAGAAUUCACAGCCCAGCAUCCCCAUCUUUCCAAUUGUAGUGAUAGACCUAAUAUGUUCUAUUCUUUUAACAGUAAUGUUUCUGCCUCUAGUUGUGUUAAGUAAAACUGUAAUAAACUAUACAAAAAGGUAUAAUUUAUGUGUUUGUGUGUGUAAUACAUUACAAAUUAGACCAUCAAUGCCAAGUUCCCUUUCCUUUCUGUCCUUGCAGGCUGUGAACAACCAAAACCUGGCGGAGAUUGUGGAUGAAGAGGCCAUGUCCCAAAUCCGGAAGGGACACGAGACCAUGUGCGUGGUGCUUACCAGCCGCCACAAGAACUUGGACACCGUGAGGGCCGUGUGGAGCACUGGAGACAUCAAGGCAAGUGGCCUUUUUGUUGCCUUUGUUAAGCAGCACAGUGCCAGGGGCUUUGGGCUUAGCAGGUCCAGAUCUCAAACCUCCCACCGCUGUCAGCUUGGAUACAAAAAGCUUGAAGUUUCAUUGUUAUCAGUUGACCAAGAGAGAUGCAGAUGAUGAAUGAGCAUCUUUUGCUCCAGCUGGGGAGAGGGGCUGCUUUGGGAGCAGGCCCUGUGCCUUUUAAGAAGGCUCCUGUUCUUCCUGCUGACCUUGGGCAGCCAACACAUCCCUUUAUUCAGGCCAAAAUAUUUGAAACUCAGGGUGGGGAUGGGGAGUCUGCAGUAGGAAUACAUUCCACAAGUUGGUUAUGAUGGUGUAAUCAGCAGCAUCUCACCUUCCCAUGCUGGAAGGAGAGGGCUUCCACACAGUCUUGCUCUACCUGACAAGGAAGUAGCCCAGAACCAUUCUCAGCAGUGGGGUGGGUGGCAGGACUGUGACCUGCAAGGAGACCCCGUAACUCAAGAUGUGACACAGGCUCAGAAUAGGCAUUCACAUUCUCUCUUGUGGAUGCCAUUCCUACUAGAGGAGGCUGCCUGCUUGCUCUCCACUCAGAAGGAGCAUUUCCAUGGCCACAUUAUCCCUGUCACUUGCCUGAGCCUUGAAGUCCCAUAAAGAAUUGUGCUAAUUUUUGGUGGUCUGUCAAGUGCCUCAGUGGCCUUUAGGGGAUGCUCCCUCUCAAGAUGUCUGCUGGCUGCCCCCUGGGGGGCCUUGGUGUGUUCUGGCAGCUUCUCAGCCAGUGCUUGUCUUAGUCUGGAGAUGAGCUUUGGGAUGAGAAAUGGCUCUUACAGCCCCUGAGGCAGGAUCAUUCCUGGGUUGAAUUAUUCCUGCCUAAGAGAGCAUCAUCAUGGCAGGUGACCCUGUUCCUAUUUGCUUGACAAAAUAUAGCCUGCUGUGUAUAAAGAGACACUUUUGUCCGAUGGAAGGGCUGAAACCUGCAUGGCUGAUCCCCUCUGCCAAAGGCUGUGUAUAGAUGUAGCUGAAAGCCUUGGAAGACGUUCUGCUUUACCACCAUUUGGCUUGCCUUCAUGAUGUCUAUCUCUAGGAGACUUGCCCUCAUCCUGAUUUGCCUCUCUUGCCUUUUCUCAGACAUCUGUGGACUCCGCAGUGGCCAUCAACGACCUCUCUGUUAUGGUGGACCUCCUGAACAUCGUCAACCAGAAGGCGUGAGUUCCAGUUUGCUUUCCUGCCUCAAGGGAAUGCUUUCUGCCAUGUGGGUCAGGAUCCUUUUCUCUUCUUGGGUAACCUACAAGUGCCUCUUCACUUCUUGAGUGGAGGUUGUGGCCAACAGUUACCCACAGGAUCCCAGGCCUUUUUCUUGGCAGCCCCCAUGUCCUGCCCCAUGAAAACUUGUGUGGGACUUGGUGGUGCCACCUGGUGCUUACACCUGCUAGCCCUGUGCUGAGCUUGGAACCAUGGCAUAACUCAGAUCCCUCAUGAGGACUCCCUGCGCCGAGAGUCAUCCGCUGUCUCAUCCUUUGGCUCCUUUCUGCCUUGGGGUGAGCAAAUGAAGCUUCUUUGUCCUGAAUGAGGUCCAUCUAGCCCGAGACCAGCAGCUGCUCUCUGGCUAAGGUCUCUGGAGUGUUCUGCAGGUCAGAGGGGUUUGCUGUUGUAGGGCAGGGGUUUUGGUAUCUCUCUGGAGCCUGUAUUCUCUUUCCAGGUCUCUUUGGAAGCUGGAUCUGUGCACAGUCAUCUUGCCUCAGAUAGAGAAACUUCUGCAAAGCAAAUAUGAAAGGUGAGUCUUCUGACAAAUGUACGUCCUUGAGUAAGAAGAGUGCCUGAUCAGUCAAGUGCUUUAUUGGCUAGCUGUAGCCAGCAGCUUUUGAGAGUUUUGUCAACUUGUAUUUGAUGAUGGUCCUGAUGAAGUGGCAGUAGCUGCUGCACACCUGUGUGUUAAUGUCUUGUACAUUUUUCUUAUUCUUGGAGGGAGUGGGGUUUUCUUAUUCUUGGAGGGAGUGGGGUUGUGACUUGCCCAAGCAUCUCUGCAGGCCUGGAGGUGGGCCAGCAGGGAAGCAGGCCUGACAGCUUUGGGGUUAUCACAACUUCACUUUGCAGGUGCUGAACAGAAGGGGACCAUUGCCCACUUUGCUGUCAACAUGGUCCCAGCACACUUUUAUAUUGGGCAGGGUUCCCCCUCUGCCCAAAUUUGGUGUCAUGUUUGAAGCUUUAAAUCAUGAGGGGAUGUCACCAGAAGAAAUAAGCACUGAGAAGGGCCCAUCCUAAAGUAGGCUGCCCCACCAUCCAACAUGAGAAGUUUGCAGUUCAAGCAGGAGUUUCCUAAGACUGUUGGAUGUUGAGUUUUUUCCUCUUUUGCUUUACUAACCACCAAGCUGUGGUUUUCAGGGAGUGAUUCCUCUGCCCCGAUAUUAAAACCACUUCAAAACCUGAGUAGUUGCAGCAUCUAUGUGUACAUCACUUUGUGUUGACGCUUAUAUACAAUUGUGUCACCCCCUCCAGGGGUGCGUCUACACACACAAAUUCUGCCCCGGUGUUUUGUUUUGUUUUUUGGAAGUGAUUCAGAAAUCCCUGCAGCAGUGUGGUUGCAUUUUGAAGAAGGAACUGGGUGAGAAGCAGUUCAUGUGAAUAUCAAUUGCUUUUAACAGCAGCCUGCUGGGCAGAUGCAGGCUGCCCAGCAGAAAAGCCUUCCUGCAUCCAGAUUUACAAGAAAAGAAACUGGAAGGACAACUGAUUUUGCUGUGGCUCUGCCCUUCCUCCUUCACCUGCUUCUCCACUUGCAUUUUAGGUUUAGCUGUGAAAACGUUUGUCCUAUUCUGAUUCUCCUUGUUCUCUUGUCAGUUACGUCCAGACAGGCUGCACUUCUCUGAAGUUGAUCCUGCAGAGGUUUCUGCCCCUGAUCACAGACAUCCUUGCUGCGCCGCCAUCCGUGGGGGUGGACAUUAGCAGAGAAGAGAGGUAGGGUGGCAUCCCUGUUGUUUCUGUUCCUAUGUUGCAAAUCCUAUCAGAACCGUCCCCAGUACCAAUUUAGCCUCCUUGCAAACCUGAAUCCCACAGCUAGCUCGGUCACACUUGCCCACAGAAUCUUGAACAGUUCCAGUUUGUUGCUUUUAGGCUGGAAAUAUCUGGGCUCCCUCCCACACAACUGCCUCUAUCUACUGGGGGGGUGCAGAAGGGGAAAAUCUCAUUUGACUUCUGCCAGUAAAGCCUGUAUGCCUUGCUGCUGCCUUGCACUGGCUAGCAAUCAGCAGGUAUGCACUGAAAGCUGGACCUUUUUAGUUGUGGUGUGGGUUUAAUAUUCCCGUUGGGCCAAACUUGAUCACAUGCCUUCUCUGUUUUCCAAGAACCCUUUUGUUUGUUUAUCUAUCAUGCUCUUUACUUUUGUUUAGCUGCUGCUGCUUCAAGAGCAUGUUCUGAAUUUAACAGUUUGGUAUUUUUCUUGUUGGGAAAUGCAGAAGAGCAGGGCAUCUAAAUAAUAUUAAUAAAAUAUUGGUGGAUGUUGAUCAGUCAUGGUAGCCCCUCCGUUCCUUCAUCCCAGUCUCUCUUUCCCAUUGACAGGCUUCACAAAUGCCGCCUGUGCUACAAACAGCUGAAAAACAUCAGCAACAUCAUCAAGAACAAAUCUGGACUCAGUGGCCGCCAUGGCAGUGCCUUCCGUGAGCUGCACCUCCUGAUGGCUGUCCUUGAGUGAUGGGGUGGUGCCCUUCAUCCAUCCACACAUACCGCCUGAGGCUCGUCUUCCCUCCAUGGCCUCUCACUCCAGCCACUUCGGGUAGUUUUGUUUGGUGUCCAUCUCUCCACAGUUCUCCAGGAGGUAAGGGUUGGGUGCUCCAUGUUCAGUGCCUUACAGGCUACAUUGCAAACCGGACUGUCCUGCUGUGGCACAGCCCCCCUGCCUUUCUGUGUACAUAGCUGCCUUGGGCGGGGGGGCAGCAAAUGGGAAUGCUGUGUUAGAAUCCAACCAUGGACAGCAUCUCUAGACCCUGGCAACCAACAGUGCUUGGGACCAACUCCCUAGUGAUGAGCCUGGCCCUGCUUCCUUUCCAUCCUCACUGUGGUGGGACUUGAGGCAGGAGUGGGUGGGACUGGACCACCUGCCUGUGCAGCUUAGUCUCUUGGGCUGGAGGAGUUGAGCCCCACAUUGCUGCCCCCCCUCUUGUUUUGCUCCAUGGUGGAAAGGCUCGAUACUGAGGAAUGGCCUGCUCUUUCCCCUUCAUCUCUUGUUAAUACGCUGCAGUCUGCUGUUCAUAAACUGAUAAGUUAUGAUGAAUUUCAUUAAAACAUUUGUAACUUUAUUUUGAAAAACAGUAGUUUUGUGUCUUUCCCCUUCCGUAGCCCAUAAUUUUGUUUAGGUUACAGAUUCAUAUUCUGACUCCCACAAGAGGAAAGUCUUACAAUGCUUUACUUUAUAUUUUAUGCCCAUUUUUUCUUUAAAAUGAAAGUGACCCUUGGCCCCCAAAGUGACCUAGGAAAAAGCAGAGAGGAAGCGGGUAGCAGCCCACAGACAUACCCAGAGGUUUUUCUCCUGGUUUGUGGAGUCAAGUACGGAGGGGGUGAACGCCCUCUGGUGUUGGAUGUCUGCUAAUGACAAAGUUAAGUCCAAUUUGUAGACUAAAUCCACCCGAGGCAAAUUUUAUCCACUUGUGUCAAAAGGAAAAUGUUAUAGCUGUUUAUGAAAGCAGAUGGGAGGAAACAGCUUUGUUAAAAAUGAUUUGAAUCUGAAUUAAGUUGCAUCAGAUAGACCACAGAUUGACUCAGAACAGAUUGGGCUGAUGAACAAAGCAACAGAUACAUAUCCAAAUUGAAUCUUUUGGCUCGUGAACACCCUUAGUAAAUGCCAGUUUACAACUUGCCAUUUUAGUCUGAUCUCCCUACAUGCUACUUCCUUUGUGUGUUUUGUCUAUUUAAUUUUAUACGCCUGAUGGCAUGUCUGCAUGUCAUUUAAUUCUAUAAAGUGCUCAGCACUAACACUGUAUUGAAUUGUUGAGUGGUGUGAGCUUACAUUUGGAGUAAGUUUAUUAUUUGAAAGUGAGAAAACUAGGGAUACUCAAGGAAUUUGAUGUAUAUAUUCCAGAGUGAAUUCACUUGGUACACAUCAUGGGUGGGAUCCUUGGAGACCCAAGGUGUCCCCCCCCCCUUUUUUAAAAAAGGCAGACCAUAGAUCACCUCAUAACAAUUAAAUUUGCAGAGAAAUGAAUACUUGAGACUUCUAAAAAAAUACACAUAGAAAAAUGAGAGAAAACAGAAGGAACAUAGACAAAAGUGACAUGGACUGAAAAUAAACAGAUAUAUCCUUAAAUACUAUAAUAAAAACAAAUAGGAGCAAAUAAGUAAUUCUGUAUGUUACAGGGACAAUCAUCCCUUCUGUGGAGCUCAUUGGAGGAUUUCUAAUCACCUGGAGUAUGGGGGAGGAAAGAUGAAAUUCAGAGAAAAUGCCUUUAGUCCCAGCUAUUCUCAUAGCUGCUCUGGCCUAGCCAACUACUCAUUGUGUGAAGUGAGUACUACUGUUGCAGGUUAAGCUCUGCCCUAGUCCAGCUGAAUUUUGCUUCCAAUAUUGCUUUUCUGUUACAAGGAAGACUGCUGAGUUGUUCGUUUUAUAAAAAGCAGAAACACAUGGUGCUUGGAAGCCACAUCUUGGUGCAAAGAGUUUAUUAAAUUAAAAAAUCAAUGCAGAGGGCCAAAAGGAUGGGAAUGGGUCUAGGACCUCCAUUCUCCCUUUAAAAAUAUAGUAAAAUUCACCUCAUGUCAAAUAGGCAGAUGAACCAUCUCCUGAAGUCCAGUUGCAUCCAAGCCCAAGUCCAUCCAUUGCCAGCAACGGAUGAGGUACAAGAGGGGGCUGGCAUGUCACCUUCUCUCAGGAUGGGAGUGUGUCUGAUGGAGAGACCCUUCGCAAUUCAAGGGCUGGCAGAUGGCACCACCCUUCUUUUUGCUGUGGCUUCCCUUUCUUUGUGUCUCCCAAAUCAGUGUCCAUUAGCCUCUGAGGUGGGCAGGAAAACGAGUAGUCUCUUUAAAAAGGAUUCAUCGUUUCUGAAACUCCUUUUAAAAAAGCAUGUUCCUCAAAUCAGCUGCUUCACACAGGGAUUGGCCUCAGUUUCCCUAAAAAACAAACAACACAAGGGAAAAUAUUAGGGCACUUUGCUUUCUACUCCUACACUGCAUCCAUGGUGAGUGCCAACCACCUCUUUGCUACAUGCAUAACAGGUCACCCAUGAGUGGCAUCUGGCCAGGCUCCAGCCAAAACCUCUGUGCAGAAUGUCAUGUGUCAUGCUAAUUAAGUUU